AUAACAUUGGUAGACGGCCCCACCCCUUUUGCUCGAGCUCUCACCUCUCAGGGCGAAUGAAACCACGCCGUACUCUAAGCCACCCCAACAAUGCCGAACUUCCACUGAAUUAAACAAUACCUUGCUCUGUAUAGACAUAUUUUCCCUUUCGUUCAUUUGCUGCAGCUAACGCGACACCUUACAUUAUUCAAAGUGUUUCCUAUAUAAAGCUUUCCUGGUACCUCUACUUAACCCCCAAAAAUGGAAGACGAUGCUGCUUUUGAUGGUCUUGCAGAGGAUGACCUGAUGGACGAUGCGGAGGUGGAUACCAUGGUGCGCGAGUCUAUCAACACUGCCAUCGGGGACAACCAAUUUGCACACAACAAGAUUGACUCCUGGAGCAAUAACAUCGUGGAGGGGUGCCUCAAGCGGCUUGCAGCAAUGAACAAGCCAUUCAAGUACAUUGUGACGUGCAACCUAAUGCAAAAGGCAGGGGCGGGCCUUCAUGCAGCCAGCUGCGCGAGAUGGAACGAAAAGACGGACGGGAAGCUAACGGUGCAAUGGGAGAACAACACAAUGAUUGUGCUGGUGACGGUGUACUGGUUGGCAGUCUAACCCACUGGUGCCCCGCCGUGCCCCGCUUGCAUCGGCCGCAGGGCGGUGUGAUCCGUGCCAUGGGUGGUGUUGCAGUCUGGUGUAGCCAUGGGUGCCUUUAGCGAGGCUAAGAGGCGUAAAAGAAUGCAUGGGUAGGGCAGGCGAGGCUAGGUGUUGUAAAUGAUAGAUAAGGUCGUCCAAGUGUUUUACCACCCCUGUACAUACGCCUUUAGGACAACACAGAAUAGGUUUUUGGUAACGUGGUUGGGUGCAGCGUACCGGCUUCGUGACCUGUGGGCCACUUCUGGCCAGGCUAGCUAGGUGGCUUUCCUUGCACUUCCGCGUGACCGUUUCGAGGGGCGAUUCCCUACGUAUAGGCACUUGGGGCCUUUCAGUGUUAGCUAUUCCGUGCGGUCGUAACUGCAGACCUAGUUCGUCAACUGUGGGUGUUCGGACAACCGCUGUAUGCGGUGCGACCCUAGAUGCCUUUCCAGGCUGUAAUUUAUACAAUAGCUCAUAAGCUGCCUGUUGUACAGCUACUGGGUUUCCUGGGCACGGCGACCAUAAGUUGUGUUUACCAAAAUGCAAUGCCAGUGUUGGCGUGCCCUUCACGCUCAAUUCACGCACCGGCUACCUACUGCGUACCAUUACUCUUACGGUAAAGCAUUUUGCGACGGACUAGUUCGACAUAGCAAGACCACAUGUGCAUCUCCGUCGCCGCCACUUACCGCUUGGAGGGCUGGCCCUAGCAGCCUCAAUUGCAUCUCUACUACCUCUGAUGCCUGUUGCUCAAGCAACAGCUCUGACCCAGAUGAGAGCAAGCAACCCUCAACAAGUGGCAGGCAUGUGGUUGAGCAGAGUCGCAAAGCAGUGGAUCGCGCGACUUCAAACUCGGCCGAAGCAGCCGCUCAAGGGAAGCCCGCUCCCCGCCGCGGGCCCAAGCAGCGCAUGCGGUUGGACGAGUACUGCUUGCAACUGGCGCCGCAGUACAGCAGGAACGUCAUCCAGUCCUUCAUCCUGCAGGGCAAGGUGCGGGUGGGGGACAGGGUGGUGACCAAGGCGGGUGCGCCGGUGGUGGUGGGCGCGCCGGACAGCCCGGCUGUGGUGAUCGACGCGGAGCAGCCCAAGUACGUGUGUCGCGCGGGGCUGAAGCUGGAGAAGGCGCUGCAGCACUGGGGCAUCGAUGUCAGGGGCCUCGUGGCACUGGACUCGGGUCAGUCCACGGGCGGCUUCACGGACUGCCUGCUGCAGCACGGAGCUGCAAAGGUGUACGGCAUCGACGUGGGUUACAACCAGCUGUCGGAGCGCAUCCGGCGGGACGAGCGGGUGGUGGUGAUGGAGAAGUUCAACCUGCGCCACCUGGGGCCGCAGCACCUGCCGGAGAAGGUCGACAUCGCCACCCUGGACCUCUCCUUCAUCAGCCUGCUGCUGGUGGUGGGGGCGGUGGCGAGCGUGCUGGCUCCCGGGGGCCGGCUGGUGGCGCUCAUCAAACCCCAGUUCGAGGCGGGACGGAAGCAAGUCAGCGCGGGAGGAGUGGUUCGCGACCCCAAGGUCCACGCUGAGGUGGUGGCUCGGGUGACAGGUGGCAUCGCGGCUCACGGUUUCCAGCUGGUGGGGGUGACCGAGUCGCCCAUCAAGGGCGACAAGAGCGGCAACACAGAGUUCCUGGCCUACUUCCUGCGCAGCCCGCAGCACCCAGCGGAGGCGGCGGGCGAGGCGGUGGCGGUGGUGGCUGGGGCGGAUGG